CGUCGCGCUGAUGGCGUUUCGUUCGGUGUGGUGUCUAGCCUUAUCGUGUUUAGUGCUGGAAGGCGAAGUUUCUCGCACGAUGGCCAACGAAAGCAAUAGUACAGUGCAGUAUUGGGACCUGGCUAGCGAGAACCUUACUAUUCCGGGACGCUUUGCUUGGAAUGAUAGUUUAAUGAUUGAUCCGAAUGGUUUUAUAGGAAAGGCACCGUUGCUUAACAGUGGCGUAUGGACAUGGAUCACGACCGUGUUUGGAAUGCCUAUUUUUAGUGUGUUUGCGUACAGGGCAGCCCCUCGUAACUGUGCACCUUGCUCAUGUGGGACAAAUGCAAAUAAUUCAAAAAUUGUCGGUGGUCAUGAAGCUGAGAUCGGGCGUUACCCGUGGAUGGUGGCACUGUACUACAACAACCGGUUUAUUUGCGGAGGAUCCUUGAUCAACGAUCGGUACGUCCUGACGGCAGCGCACUGUGUGUUUGGUAGCGAUCGGUCGCGUUUUAGCGUGAAAUUUUUGAUGCACGACCGCACAGUUCCCAAGGAGGAUUCAUUCGAGCGUAAGGUGUCCUACAUAAUGACGAACUGGUUCUUGAACGUGCUCGUCUUCAUUACGAACGACGUAGCUCUUUUGAAACUGAGCGAACCAGUACCACUGGGCGAAACAAUUAUCCCAGUGUGCUUACCACCGGAAGGCAAGACAUACGCUGGACAGGAGGGAAUCGUGACCGGCUGGGGUAAGUUGGGUGACGGUACGUUUCCCAUGAAACUGCAAGAAGUACACGUGCCGAUACUGUCGAACGAGCAGUGUCACAACCAGACGCAGUACUUCCGGUUCCAGAUCAACGAUCGUAUGAUGUGUGCUGGGAUUCCCGAGGGUGGUAAGGACUCCUGCCAAGGUGACAGUGGAGGACCGAUGCACGUGUUCGAUACCGAAGCAAAUCGGUUCGUGAUUGCGGGCGUCGUAUCGUGGGGCUUCGGCUGUGCCCAACCACGGUUUCCGGGCAUAUACGCCCGAGUGAACCGAUUCAUUUCGUGGAUUAACUUCAAUACUCGAGAUGCGUGUACGUUUUGUGGAGUUGGAGGACGCACCAAUCGCAUUGUCGGAGGCUCCGAAGCCGCUGCACAUCAAUUCCCCUGGUUGGCUGGCCUUUUCCGCCAGGGCAAACUAUACUGCGGAGCAUCGGUCGUUUCGCGCAAUUUUCUGGUCACGGCAGCACACUGUGUAAACUCGUUCGAAGCGAGUGAGAUUAGGGUUUAUCUCGGAGGGCAUAAUAUUGCUAAGGAUUACACCGAGCUUCGGAGAGUGAAACGAAUCAUCGACCACGAGGAUUUCGAUAUCUUCACGUUCAACAACGAUAUUGCUCUCCUGGAGCUAGAUAAACCACUGCGCUAUGGACCCACCAUUCAGCCAGCUUGCCUCCCGGACGGAAGUGUAAUGGACUUUACUGGAACAAUCGGUGUGGUUGCUGGAUGGGGAAGGGUGGAGGAGAAGCGUGCUCCAUCCAAGACGCUGCGAUCCGUUGAAGUUCCCAUCUGGUCACAGGAGCAAUGCCUUGACGCUGGGUAUGGCAGUAAGAAGAUCUCUGCCAACAUGAUGUGCGCCGGGUACCAUGAUGGGCAGAAAGAUGCUUGCCAGGGUGAUAGUGGUGGUCCGAUGCAUAAGAUGGGACUGUUUGGCAGCAUGGAAGAAGUGGAAAGUGAUUUUAUUCUCUCAACAAUGUACACCAAAAUGAUUGCUCCUGCGAGAAGCAGAUUCCUCGUUGGAUCUAUAGUAACCGCAUUAGUUCUGGCUGGAUAUGUAGCCGAAGCAAAGGAAAGCACACACUGGAAUGAUACGGAAAUUAUUAGCCGGCAAGGACGGUUUCUGUUUGACACAUUGUUUGGACUAAACACGGCUGCUUUUUCACUUGACGAUGAUGACGACCUGACCAACAAUCAGGUGAAGAGCUGUGACUGUGAAUGUGGAGCAGCUAAUCAAGAAAUUCGAAUUGUAGGAGGACGGCCCACUGGAGUGAAUCAAUAUCCUUGGCUGGCACGCCUAGUUUACGACGGUCAGUUUCAUUGUGGAGCAUCACUUCUCACAAAAGAUUACGUUUUAACUGCGGCACAUUGUGUUCGAAGACUCAAGCGCAACAAGAUCCGUGUAAUUCUGGGUGAUUACGAUCAAUUCGUAGCUUCUGAGACUCCUGCAAUAAUGCGGGCAGUCACCGCAAUCAUCAGGCACCGGAGCUUCGAUCAAAACUCCUACAAUCACGACAUCGCGCUUCUGAAGCUGCGCAAGCCUGUGGAGUUCACCAAAACCAUACGUCCCGUUUGUUUACCCAAGGAACGCAGUGAGCCGGCUGGUCAGUUGGGCACAGUUGUGGGCUGGGGACGAACUUCGGAAGGUGGCACACUUCCAGCGUUGGUCCAACACGUGGAUGUACCGAUCUUGACACUCGACCAGUGUCGAAGCAUGAAAUAUCGUGCAUCUCGUAUAACGUCGAAUAUGUUAUGCGCCGGUAAAGGCAAACAGGACUCAUGCCAAGGUGACUCCGGUGGGCCUCUGCUAGUACGAAAUGGUGAUAAGCACGAAAUUGUUGGGAUUGUGUCAUGGGGCGUUGGAUGCGGCCGGGCUGGCUACCCUGGAGUGUACACCCGUGUGGCGCGUUACUUGCCCUGGCUGCGUGCAAAUCUGGACGAUACUUGUCUCUGCUCGAACUGUAGUGUUGGCGAAGCUUUGCGGAAGCCGGAACAAAAGAAACCCAACCAAAGUUUAAGUGAACUUCUGCCGGCAGUGGAAAGAAUUGACGUGAGAACAAGCGUGCGAAGAAAAUUGUUAAAAUUAGAACGAAUAGCGAGCUGUGAGUUGCGGAUAACGCAGAAUACGAAGAGAAUGGAAGUGAGCAAUUUAGCACGGAGCAUAAUCAAUUUGCGCAUUUACAUGAUGCUGGAGGUUCCGCUGUUGAUGCUGCUGAUGGUGGGGCUCUUGGCAGGUGAUGCGUCCGGGAAGCUCCAAGCUCAGGGCAAAUAUGAGAUGCUAGCGACACCGAACAAGAAUACGGACGAGCGGAGCAUUGUCGACAAUAUGAAGAUGAUAUUUGGUGGGGGCAGUAACCGUGCUCCAAUCCAUGAUACACCCUCCAGUGCUUGUAGCUGCCGAUGUGGCGAGCGGAACGAUGCCUCGAGGAUCGUUGGCGGCCAGGCGACCGGCGUGAACGAGUUUCCCUGGAUGGCGCGAUUAAGUUACUUCAAUCGGUUCUACUGUGGCGGUAUGCUCAUCAACGACCGAUACGUUCUUACGGCGGCGCACUGCGUUAAAGGCUUUAUGUGGUUCAUGAUCAAGGUAACGUUCGGUGAGCAUAACCGGUGCGACGACUCUGUGCGCCCGGAAACACGCUUCGUGCUGAGAGCGAUCGCGCAGAAGUUCAGCUUCUUAAACUUCGACAACGACAUCGCACUGUUACGGCUGAACGACCGCGUGCCCAUAACGGACUUCAUUCGCCCGAUCUGCCUGCCAUCCGAUCCAAGUAACGCGUAUGUCGGCACAAAUGGAACGGCCACCGGCUGGGGCACGCUGAAGGAGGACGGCAAACCGUCCUGCAUCCUGCAGGAGGUUGAAGUGCCCGUCCUCUCGAACGAGGUGUGCAGUACACAAACCAACUACACGGCAUCCAUGAUCACGGACAACAUGCUGUGCGCCGGCUAUCUGGGUGUGGGCGAGAAAGACUCGUGCCAGGGAGAUUCCGGUGGUCCGCUGAUCGCGGAACGAGAGGACAAACGCUACGAGCUGAUCGGGGUGGUGUCGUGGGGCAAUGGUUGCGCCCGGCCCUACUAUCCCGGCGUGUACACGCGGGUGACACGCUACCUCGACUGGAUACGCGAGAACUCCAAGGACGGAUGCUUCUGCAGCGAGUGAGCCAAACCUGCCUGCACCAGGGAUGCAAAGUCGGUCGUAACGGUGUGUGAUGUGAUGGAAUCGAGCCGGUUGGCGAAAAGUGGUAGAAAAUAAGAUCAAGCUCUAGGAAGUAUAACGCGAUAAUUAAUCUAUCUAGCAUGUAGGACAGUCCGAACCACGGCGAACGGUGCUGGACAAUGCAUACUGCAGUCGACCGGUCGCCGUUUCUUUCCCUUCUGCCCUACAGCAAAGUCACCUACACACGGGGGCCGGCGGAGCGCCCUAGAGAAACCGUAACGUAACCCGCACUGCCAUGGUUUCCUCGUUGGCCGAUUUAGUUUCUCCACUGCGUCACUGAAGAUACCGUUAAACUGGCCGUGGCCGGAAUUUUAAAACGGUAGACAUUAAUAAACAAUGUGAAGAUAAGCGGCGAAAAAAACAAGAUGCCUCGAAAACGUUACAAAAAGCCUCAUCCGCGACGGCGCGAUGUACGUUCACCAUAUUCCGCUUUCGUUGAUGUCGGAGCUUUGGCGCGUACAAGAAGCCAUCAUCACAGCUUUUUUAUGCAUUCUAGUGCAAGAGUUCGCACAUAAGCGCUUAUUUUCCCACCGCUGGCCUUUCGAAAGUGGGGGACAAACUUAUUUUAUGAAUAGAACCGGCGCUAGCUCAGCGAUGAUUGGUGGUAGUCGGUCUUGCGUAGAUAGCGUGAUACAUUCAUUCAUUGGCACUUUCUUUAAUUCGAUUUAAAUUAAGAUUCAGCUCGCGUUUCCAUCCCUUGUGUGAGUGGCUAAUGGCAACAUGGGCAACAAUAUACUGUGAAUAUACUGAAAUUCUUUUCCUUAGCUGAGCUGAAUUACUUCGCUACGUUACACAUUUUCUACUACUUCAGAAUGACGUACAUCACAAAGGUGGCUUCUGAUGAAUAUAUGCCGUUACGGUAUCGGUGGCACAAUAUGGUACGGUGUAUUUUUAAAGUUAACUAUAACAUAAAUUAAUGUUAUUGAAGGUAUGAAACAAUCUUCGACAAAUAAGUGUAAAGUAAUAAAAUAUAAUAUUUUAUCGCGAUGUAACUACACGCAUUGGUCUUA